ACAUGAGAACUGUGAUACUACUAAAAGUAAACGUAGGGACAACGAAAGCAGAGUUUAAAGAUAACACGUCAACUAAAUUCCGGGUUUACGAUACUAAACAGCAGAGGUAACGUUCACCUGUGGACCCUGAACGCCUCGCAGGAUCUCUGCGGACCAGUACAGCGUUAGGUCUGCUAAAGUUCGGUAAGUGGGUCGAUAUGUGCGGGUUUUGCCAAUUAGGAAGUUGAUUCCUAGAAGCAGUGUAAAACAAAUCAAUGUGUGAGCUACUGUUGGGAGGGGGCUGCUCGAGAGGGUCCCAGACUUUGGCCCGUCACGUGACGCAACCCUCCACGUGAUACUGGUCCGUGUAGAGUUUCUGUCGGCGAAAACUACCUUUGUCUCCGCCCAGAAUCGUAGGAUUUUCGCUUCAUAGUAAAAACAAUCACCGAGAACAUGCAGGUCGCGGUGAGGCGUUUGGGUUCAGCCGGAGGCGUCCUGUCUGUGUGCCACGGUCCAAAGAUACACACCGUGCUGAGACGACUGUCAGCCAAGGCCCAGAGCCCCCGUCCCAUCCUCUCCGUCGCCCCCAUCCGAGCUCUGGUGGAUGAGAAGUUCAAGGUUUCGGUGGAGAAUCUGCCUCCGGCGGCUCCAGUGACGGUCCAUUCCCUGCACCAGUCGGAGGACCAGGACUGCUGGGAGGCCUACGGACACUAUAUCAGUGACCACAGGGGCACCGUGUCAGUUUCAGAAGAUUUGAGCUUCGGGGGAACAUACUCAGGUAAAGAGCCCAUGGGUUUGCUGUGGAGCAUGCGUCCGGUUCCAGGCAGCCGCUUUGGACUCAGAUUAAGAAAGAUGGACGUCUGUGCUCCCAUGCUGGUCAACAUCACGGUCUUCAGUGGUCAUGAAGGAUUCAGGGAACACGCUCCUCUGGCCUCAGUAGUAACAGAGAGAUGGCACGUGGCUCCAGGGGUCCAGAGGGUGGAAGUUACCAUUGAAGGAAUGCGAGGAACCCUGUUCAUACCUCCAGGUCUAGGAGCCUUUCCUGGGGUAAUAGAUAUUUGGGGAGGUGGUGGAGGGCUUCCGGAGUAUCGUGCUGCUUUGCUGGCAUCCCAUGGUUAUGCUACUAUGGCACUGGAGAAUUUUGCCCUUGAUGAUCUGAAGGGGAAAAACCUGGAUCUGAACUAUUUUGAGAUGGCACUUGAUAAGCUUAAGAACCAUCCUCAGGUGAUAUCAGACAGAGUUGGAGUUGUAGGUCUUUCCCUUGGUGCCAUUUUUUUGUUAUACCUGACAGCUGAGAGCCCCACAUUCAAGCCUCAAUGUUGUAUUAGUAUUUGCGGCAGUAACAUCUUGUCAAACGACGGGACCCUCAACGGAUUCUAUAAUUCAAUGUUCAGAAACAUCAACAAGUCACGUUUGGAUGAGAACAACAGCCUCAUCUGGCAAGAUGUGGGCCUAGAAAUGCUCUGUGACCCCACAAGUCUAGUGGACGUGGGGAAAAUAAACUGCCCACUGCUGUUGGUCAGUGGAACUGACGAUCAGAGCUGGCCAACACCAAAAUUCGCUGAUCUGAUGGCCCAGAUGAUGCGUUCAGCAGGAAAGGAGCACCUGGUGACUACACUGGCCUACCCCGAUGCUGGACAUCUGAUUGAACCUCCCUUUUCACCUCAUUUCAGAGCUACUGCAUUUAAAGUUGGAGGCAACAAUAAGAAAGUGAUAAUGCUGUGGGGAGGACACACCAAACCUCAUGCAGAUGCUCAGGAAGACUCCUGGACCAAGAUUUUGACUUUCCUGAAGCAGCAUCUUUACAGCAGCCACUGAGUUGUGAAUCUGACCGAUCUGGAAAAACAUAAUGUGCAACGCCAUCAUCAAGGAUUUUAGACCUGGUAAUCAAUUCUGUGUGGACUGUGUACUAUACUGCACAUAACCAAAGUGCAGUCAGGUUCAAAUGAAAGUACUUGAAAGUACACAGGAUUUUACUGGGAUUAACACUUUACUGUAACAAUUUGAGAAAAUUAUUUGGAACAGUUUCAAAUGUAAUAAGCUCUAAGCAGUGUAAAAUAUCAUCAUCUUGGAGGUGUGUUUGGGGUCAUUGUCAUGCUGGAACACUGCUCUGAGGGCCGGUUUCCCGAGGGAGGGGAUCAUGCUCUGCUUCAGUAUGUCACAGUACAGUAGAAUUCAUGUUUCCCUCAAUAACUGUAGCUCCCCAAUGCCAGCAGCACUCAUGCAGCUCCAGAUCAUGACACUCCCACCACCAUGUUUGACGAUAGGCAAGACACACUUGAUUUGUACUCCUCACCUGGUUGCCGCCACACACACUUGACACCAUCUUAACCAAAUAGGUUUAUCUUGGUCUCAUCAGACCACAGGACAUGGUUCCAGUAGUCCUGGUACUUAGUUUGCAUGUCUGCAGCAAAUUAUACGUGAGCUUUAUUUUGCAUCAUCUUUAGAAGAGGCUUCCUUCUAGGACGACAACCAUGCAGAGCGGUUUGGUGCAGUGUGCAGUGUAUGGACUGAGGCCUGGCAGGCUGACCUCCCAUCCUUCAGUCUCUGCAGCAAUGCUGGAGACACUCAACCAUCUGUUUUCCAAAGCCAAUCUUUCGAUUUGAAGCUGAGAACAUGCACUCCGACCAUGGCGAUGCCUGCUCUGAGAAGAACCUGUUCUUUUAAAGCGCUGGAUGGUCUUCAAAGUUGUUUGCCAUGACGUGCUCUGUUGAAGUUUUUUUUUAAGCUUUUAUACCAAAUUUAACUCAUAUGCUAACUGGUGACACCUGAGACAGUGUAACAGGGAAGGAAAAUAACUUAUUGUGCUCAAUUUGUAGAUUUUCACUUAGUGGUGUACACACACACACACACACACACACACACACACACACACACACAUAUA